AUGCUUUCGUACAAUACCCCUAUGUCGGUUAACGGUCAGAACGCUGGACCGACCGGCGGCAUGUCAGCGCGACUCCCAGUAAAGAAUGUCGGAAACAUCGCCUCUGUCAAUGGAGUGUCAUCCAAUGAUGCAGUGUCAGGAACGGGACGGCACAGUCCCAAGGAGCAGCAUAUCUGGCUGGUCACCGGACCUGCUGGAUGCGGCAAGAGCACGGUGGCAAGGUAUCUUGCGGAAUCUCUACAUUGGCCCUAUAUUGAGGGUGACGAGUUUCAUCCAUCAGCCAACAUCGAGAAGAUGAGCGCCGGUAUCCCCCUUACCGAUGCGGACCGGUGGGAUUGGCUCACGGCUCUCCGCGAGGCUUCAAUCCGGGCUCUUGAUCAGGGCAAUGACGGCGUAGUUUUGACGUGCUCUGCGUUGAAGCGCAAGUACCGUGAUGUCAUCCGAGUGGCUCCCUACUUCACCCCGAAUCUCCACCUUCACUUCAUCUACCUCGAUGCGUCUGAGGAGAUCCUCCUUCAGCGAGUCCUUGCGCGCCAAAACCAUUACAUGGGUGCCAACAUGGUUCACAGCCAGUUUGAGGCUCUUGAGCCACCAACGUCCGCCGAGACGGACGUGAUCCCCAUUGACGUGAGCCGUCCUGCCGAGGUGGUUAUGGCAGAUGCUCUAAACCAGGUUCUCCAUACGAUUGAUGGAAUCCAGAUCCAGAAGGACCAAUCGCAAUGA